CUGAUACAGGAUUUUCCUGCCAUUAAAUCUGGAGAAAGAAAAAUAAGCACUCAAACCUGCACAAGCAACGAUUCCUCCUCGCCCCCUGCGCACCACCCCCACCUUAUCUGUUGGACGAUUUUUAGCGCCUGUGGCUGCCAGACUUGAAAGAUGGAUGGGCUGAGGGAGCCAAAGGCUGCCUCGGAGGAGGAGGAGGAGCGGGGACAGGCCGACCCCCCAGGAUGGUAGGGAUCCCACAGCUGGGUGGUUCUAAGCCACCAGGCUUGUGAAAGGACACGGGAUGCUGGUCCUGCUGCUGCAUGUGGUGGUCCUCGGCCUGCACAGCGCCCGGGCAGAGGAGGCCUGCACGCGCACCUGCCCCGAGGCCUGCUCCUGCGGCAGCGCGGACCGCGGCUGCUCCGUGCGCUGCGACCGCGCCGGCCUCCUGCGGGUGCCGGCCGAGUUCCCGUGCGCGGUGGCCUCCAUCGACCUGGACCGGAACGGCCUGCGCUUCCUGGGCGAGCGGGCCUUCGGCACGCUGCCGUCUCUGCGCCGCCUGUCGCUGCGCCACAACAAUCUGUCCUUCAUCACGCCUGGCGCCUUCAAGGGCCUGCCGCGCCUGGCCGAGCUGCGCCUGGCACACAACGGCGACCUGCGCUAUCUGCACGCGCGCACCUUCGCCGCGCUGGGCCGCCUGCGGCGCCUCGACCUGGCGGCCUGCCGCCUGCUCAGCGUCCCCGAGCGCCUCCUGGCCGAGCUGCCCGCGCUGCGCGAGCUCGCCGCCUUCGACAACCUGUUCCGCCGCGUUCCCGGCGCGCUGCGCGGCCUGGCCAACCUGACGCAUGCGCACCUGGAGCGCAGCCGCAUCGAGGCCGUGGCGGCCAGCUCCCUGCAGGGCCUGCGGCGCCUGCGCUCGCUCAGCCUCCAGGCCAACCGCGUCCGCACCGUGCACGCCGGCGCCUUCCGCGACUGCGGUGCCCUGGAGCACCUACUGCUCAACGACAACCUGCUGGCCGAGCUGCCCGCCGAUGCCUUCCGCGGCCUGCGCCGCCUGCACACGCUCAACCUGGGCGGCAACGCCCUGGGCCGCGUGGCGCGCACCUGGUUCGCCAGCCUGGCCGAGCUCGAGCUGCUCUACCUGGAUCGCAACAGCAUCGCCUUCGUGGAGGAGGGCGCCUUUCAGAACCUCUCGGGCCUCCUCGCCUUGCACCUCAAUGGCAACCAGCUCACCGUGCUCACCUGGGCCGCCUUCCAGCCUGGCUUCUUCCUGGGCCGCCUGUUUCUCUUCCGCAACCCGUGGCGCUGUGACUGCAGCCUGGAGUGGCUGCGGGACUGGAUGGAGAGCUCUGGGCACGUUGCCGAUGUGCCGUGUGCCUCCCCUGGUUCCGUGGCUGGCCUGGACAUCAGCCAGGUGGCCUUUGGGCGCUCCUCCGAUGGCCUCUGUGUGGACCCCGAGGAGCUGAACUUCACCGUGUCCAGCCCGGGCCCGUCCCCAGAGCCAGCGGCCACCACCGUGAGCAGGUUCAGCAGCCUCCUGUCCAAGCUGCUGGCCCCUAGGGCCCCAGUGGAGGAGGCGGCCAACACCACCGAGGGGCCAGUCAAUGCCUCGCUGUCCGACAGCCUUCCCUCAGUUGGGGUGGGAGGCUCAAGCCACAGCACCCUGUUUCUCCUCGGUUCUAGUCUCCUGCUCAGCGUGGCCCAGCAUGCGGUGUUUUUCCUACAGACAUACUGACCCUGCCACACGGGGGUGGCCCACACUGCCGGGAACCAUGCCCUUGGCCGAUGAAGGAUAAUUUACUUAAUUGGGCUUGAAGGUGUUUGUGGUAGGGGGAGAGGGAAACAGGAUGGGAGGAGGUGGUGAGAUUCCAGCGGAGAUGGAAGGAAGAGUUUGCCUCUAGAGAUGGCCCUAG